AUAUGGCUGAUGCAGCGACAGUACGUAGAGAGGCAAGGAGAAGAAAAAUAUUAGCUAAUUCUCAAAAUAGACUACAGUUAAUAUCAGGAAAAAACUGUGACGACCUUCCUAAAGAUACACUACCUACCGUUGAAGCAAACCUUCUGCGUGACAACCAAGCUGAUAAGAAUAUCAGUAAUGAGUUUAAUUGUUUAGUCGGCAAUGGUUCUAUCACCCCUGAACCGUUUUCUUUUGAUGCUCCCCUGAUGGAAGGUGAUAAUGAAGUCGACGGAAAUCAAGUAAACAAUGACUUAGCAGCUUUUGCUUCUCAACGUGUUGAACCUAAUCAGACAGAAUCUUUUCGCGAGAAGUUUAGUGCUUACAGAUACGACGUAGUAGUCUUGUCGGUGGUGAUACAAAUUCUACACAGUUAUGCAAUUCUAACCCCAAAUAAAACUUACUUCUUUUUGCCCCUAGUUUUGCAUGUCAUCACAAAGUUUAUAUGGUAUCCAAAACCGAACAAUUUCAAUUUUGCCAACGCACUACUACUUCUCAAUGGUAUAUCUGCGUCUAGAGCGCAGAGAAUAAUGAAGGUAACCCACUAUAUAAGUGAAUUAUGUCAAGAUGCCUGUGUCUUUCUUUUUUCCACUGUUUGUAUAAAUGCUGUGUGCUUAUACAUGGAGCAAAUUGUUAAUUAGCUUGAAAAUGACUGACCGCUAAUAUGGUACAUUCAGAUUAUGACAGAAGAUUUCAGUUAAAAUACAAAUCAAUUUUGUCAUUGGU